AUGAAGUUCGCGUCGAUCCUCGCAUUUGGCGCUGCUUUGUCGGGUGUGAACGCUGCUCUCAAGGGCUUCAACUUGGCCGGUCAUCUCGCUUCUGGCGCUUGCAGGACCGAGAACGACUGGCAGCUUGCCUUUGAGCGACUACAGACCCUGCCGGGUGGGUUCCCCAACGUCCGUCUCUACGCCUCUGGAGACUGUGACACCUUGAAGAACGCUGUCCCAGCCGCCUUGAGGACUGGCACCAAGCUUCUAGUUGGUGUUUGGACACAGGACGCCAACAAGUUUGAGAACGAGAAGCAGGCCCUGCUUCAGGCUGUUCAACAACAUGGUCAUGACUGGAUCCUAGCAGUCUCAGUUGGCUCUGAGGACCUUUACCGGCAAGAGACCAAUGCCGACUUCCUUGCUCAGCAGAUUUGGGAUGUCAGAGGCAUGCUGUGGAGCGUCGGUGCCUCUCCCACCAUCGGCCACGUCGACACCUGGACAGCUUGGGUAGACCCCGCCAACAAGGCCGUCAUCGAUGCCGUUGACUGGAUAGGCAAUGAUGCAUACGCUUACUUUGAAGGCAUCGACAAUGGCGAUGCCAAGAACGCGUAUUACGAGGCACAUGACAAGGUGGUUGCCGUCUCCGGUGGCAAAGAGGUCUGGACGACCGAGACUGGCUGGCCGAUCAGCGGUGCCACCAUUGGUGCAUCGUUUCCCUCAGUCAACAACCUCCAAAAGUUCUGGUGGGAUGUCGCCUGUGGCUCCAUUGCGUCAAACAUCAACAUAUUCUGGUAUAUCCUGGAUGACUUUGCUGACAACCCGUCCUUUGCCGUCCUCGACUAUUACUAUAAUCCUCUCAUCGACAUGAGCUGCUCUUGA